GGGGACUUCACUCUGACCACCAUGAUAGGAACUCCAAUAAGCAAAAGCCAAUUGAUACGUGCAUAUCACAAAAACUACUCUUACACACCAAAAAAAUCCUCUAUCACCAAACUCACCUAUACCCUCAAACUCAAGGCCCUAUAGUCCAAGCAAGUGAGUGAGUGUUACAACUUACACAGCAUGGAAUAUAGUCAAUAUACUACUUAUUCAGCAGAAGGUGUUGAGGCAGAAACUUACACAAGUAGCUGCACCACCCCAUCAAGAUCAAAGAAGAGAAACAACAACAACACAAGAAGGUUCAGUGAUGAACAAAUCAAAUCAUUGGAGACCAUGUUUGAGUCAGAGACAAGGCUUGAGCCUAGAAAGAAGUUGCAGCUUGCAAGAGAGCUUGGAUUGCAGCCAAGGCAAGUUGCUAUAUGGUUUCAGAACAAGAGGGCUAGAUGGAAGUCAAAGCAACUUGAGAGAGACUAUGGCAUACUCCAAUCCAAUUAUAACACUUUGGCUUCACGUUUUGAAGCUCUGAAGAAGGAAAAACAAACAUUACUAAUUCAGUUGCAGAAGCUGAAUCAUCUAAUGCAGAAGCCAAUGGAGCCAAGUCAGAGAUGCACACAAGUUGAAGCAGCAAACAGCAUGGACAGUGAAUCAGAAAAUGGAGGCACCAUGAAAUGUGAAGCUGAGGGAAAGCCAAGCCCAUCAUCAUUGGAAAGAUCAGAACAUGUACUUGGUGUUCUGUCUGAUGAUGACACUAGCAUAAAGGUGGAAGACUUUAACCUAGAAGAUGAACAUGGCCUUCUGAAUUUUGUUGAGCAUGCUGAUGGUUCCUUGACUUCACCAGAAGAUUGGAGUGCUUUUGAAUCCAAUGAUCUAUUUGGCCAAUCAACCACUGAUGAUUACCAAUGGUGGGACUUCUGGUCCUGAAUGAAACAGAAUAACCAAAAUUUUGUGGAGGAAAUAUAUAUAUAUAUAUAUAUAUAUAUAUAUAUAUAUAUAUAUGCAUAUGAUGAAUGCUUCAUGUUUGGUUCCACUUUGGCGACUUGAUUCGAUAAUUGGGUAGCAAUUAGUUAUAGCUUCCAUGUUUUUAAGCAAAAAGCGAUGCAAUUUUUUUUAUUAAUAACGAGUUUCCAAACACCUAAAUCAAUAAUUAAGAGAACAUCAUUAAGCACCACCUAAGAUAAACGCAGAAUUAAAAAAUAUUUCUUACAUGAAAGAUGUGUGUUAUGUCUGGCUAUUAGUUAUCAUCAAUUCCACAAAUUUCUGUGGAAAACCAAACUGUACUUACACUUUAAAAGGAAAAAAAAAUCUCAAAUCUGAAAGAAGAGAUUUUAUUAAUAACAAGUUCA